UCCUGAGGCCAGGAUGGGCGGGACGUCCGACGUGACAGCACGGUUCAGAAUCGAGCCGUCAAGUUCUGGGGUGAGGGACCAGGUGUCCCGCAUCUCGGCUGCAAGUUUGGACCGCUGCCUCAGAAKAGCGUCCAAAUUUGUAAGUGACCCGGGGUCUGUCCUGCAGAGGACCAUCGACUACGCCGCUGAGGCGUUUGUUGCUUCCAUUCAAUCGGCUCUGGCCGUGAAGGUCGAGUUGGAUGGGAGGGAAGCUCUGGCAGCGAGGGAGAAAGAGGAGUUCUCUGCUGCCUUGGAGGCUGCCUCUUCCACCAUGAAGGAUGAGCUGCUGAAAGCUCACUCUGAGGUGGAAAUUUUGAAGGCUGAGGUGGAAGCCAAGGCCGAGCUACUGAAGAAAGAAGAGGACAGACGCAAGGCCCAGCUCCGAGCUGCCCAUGCUAUCACCAAGGGCUUGGAGAAGGAGAAGUUCCAACUCCUCAAGGAGAAGGACGACAUGCUCCAGGCGCUUGAAGCGAAGGAUGAGGAGCUGAAGCAUGCGACUGCCGAGCUAGAGACGGCGAAGGAGCGUCUCAGCAAUGGAGCCUUAUUGAAGGAAUCGUUCAGAUGGCAUGCCGAUCUCAACCGGGACUACAGCUUCGGAGCCGAAGGCCAGGGAGAACGGGGUCUCACCCGUCGAUUCUCUUUGGGUGGUCUGGUACGACCAUAG